CUCUCUCCCAUCAUCAUCCUCCCCCGCCCGUCCGCCGCCGCGACGACAAUGGAGGCCAAGCCGCUGGACCAGCCCCGCGAGUUCGUCUUCCGCUCGAAGCUCCCCGACAUCCAUAUCUCCGACGACCUCACCCUCCACGGCUACUGCUUCCAGCACCUCUCCGAGUUCGCCGACCGCCCCUGCGUCAUCGACGGGGCCACCGGCCGGACCUACACCUACGCCGAGGUCGAGCUCACGUCCCGCCGGGUCGCGGCGGGGCUGGACGGGCUCGGCGUCGGCAAAGGGGACGUGAUCAUGCUGCUCCUCCAGAACUCCCCCGAGUUCGUGUUCGCGUUCCUCGGCGCGUCCUACCGGGGCGCCGUCAGCACGACCGCGAACCCGUUCUACACCCCCGCGGAGAUCGCCAAGCAGGCGUCGGCCUCCCGGGCCAAGGUGGUGGUCACGCAGGCCGCGUACGCCGAGAAGGUGAGGCCGUUCGCGGAGGAGAACGGGGUCAAGAUCGUGUGCAUCGACGCCGCGCUGGAGGGCUGCCUGCACUUCUCGGAGUUGAUGCGGGCGGACGAGAACGCCGCCCCCGCGGUGGAGAUCAGCCCCGACGACGUCCUGGCACUGCCCUACUCGUCGGGCACGACGGGGCUCCCCAAGGGGGUGAUGCUCACGCACCGGGGCCAGGUGACCAGCGUGGCGCAGCAAGUUGACGGGGACAACCCGAACCUGUACUUCCACAAGGAGGACGUGAUCCUGUGCGCGCUCCCCUUGUUCCACAUAUACUGCCUCAACUCGGUGAUGUUCUGCGCGCUCCGCGUCGGCGCGGCGAUCCUGAUCAUGCAGAAGUUCGAGAUCGUGGCGCUGCUGGAGCUCGUGCAGCGGUACCGGGUGACGAUCCUGCCCAUCGUCCCGCCGAUCGUGCUGGCGAUCGCGAAGAGCGCCGAGGUGGACCGGUACGACCUGUCGUCGAUCCGGACGGUCAUGUCGGGCGCGGCCCCGAUGGGGAAGGAGCUCGAGGACACCGUGCGAGCCAAGCUGCCGAAUGCCACGCUCGGACAGGGCUAUGGGAUGACGGAGGCGGGCCCGGUUCUGGCGAUGUGCCUGGCGUUCGCCAAGGAGCCGUUCGAGAUCAAGUCGGGCGCGUGUGGGACCGUCGUGAGGAACGCCGAGAUGAAGAUCGUCGACCCGGAGACUGGCGCUUCGCUUCCCCGGAGCCAGGCCGGCGAGAUUUGCAUUAGGGGUCACCAGAUCAUGAAAGGUUAUCUGAACGACCCCGAGGCGACCGCGAGAACCAUAGACAAAGAAGGGUGGCUGCACACCGGCGACAUAGGCUACAUCGACGACGACGACGAGCUCUUUAUCGUCGACCGGCUGAAGGAGCUCAUCAAGUACAAGGGCUUCCAAGUCGCUCCGGCUGAGCUAGAGGCAAUGCUGAUUGCACACCCGAAUAUUUCGGACGCCGCUGUCGUUCCGAUGAAGGAUGAGGCUGCCAGUGAGGUUCCUGUGGCAUUCGUGGUGAAAUCCAAUGGUUCCAUAAUCACUGAGGACGAAAUCAAGCAAUACAUCUCAAAGCAGGUCGUGUUUUACAAGAGACUCAAGCGGGUUUUCUUCACGGACGCAAUUCCGAAGGCCCCCUCCGGCAAAAUCUUGAGGAAGGACCUAAGAGCAAAGUUGGCCUCUGGUGUUUAUAAUUAAUUUCUCAACUCCUUUUCUUUUUUCGACCAUGCCCUUGUACUUUGCUUAAAGACCCGUGGUAGAUGAAAUGAAUGGAACCUCUUAGGAGGGGCCAAAAAUGGUAGGGGGGGAAAGACAUAUGGAAAUGAUUUGAUUUUUCAUGAUAUUGUAAUGUAUUUAUUGUUUCAAGUCCGAAUUAGACAA